AUGAGCGCGGGUGACCGGGCUGACGUGGCAGAUGUGAGGCCGCUCCCUGUCUGGCUGCGCGAUCCGGCACAGUCAGACACGUCGGCGGAGUUGCCUGUGGCCGAAGAGUCGGCGGCGAGCCCGAAGCUCGGCGGGUUCCCAAAGGAGGAGGGCGGUGGUGAGACUCCGGGGGCACUCGCGCUUAUCCUCGCCGAGCUGCGAAAACAAUCCCUCUGCAUAGAAGAACUGAGGGCGGCGCUUGCGGAGAAGGAGGUGUACCAGACCCGCUUCGAUGUGCUGACGAUGGUGAACGUCGUGGUAGACGCCGUUUGCGAGGAGGCAAUGGCCCAUGUGCGAAGUACUGUGGAGUACACGGAUUUGCUUUCUACGGUCACUCUCAGUUUCGUCUCCGGGGAGGUCUCUCUAUUGCUGGAGGAGAUGGACGACGACGUGGAUUUUUGGGGCGUGAAGUUCACCGCGGGCUGCGUCCUCAGCUGCCACCUCGCCGCGGGCGCUGGCGGCUCCAGCAUUGUGGUCAACAUCGACACGGACAAAAUCACGGAUGUGACGCAGCUGACGCUGGUCGCCGUCUCCGAGGAGGCGACAAGGGAGCUGUACCAGGCACUGACGGCGCUCUGCGGCCGGGGCACUGCGAGCUCCGUCUCGCGCUCCUCCACGCCCUUGUCGCUGCAGAGGGCAAAGUUGACGUCGACUGCGACCCCACUGGUUGAACUUGCUUCAGCGUCGCAGCUCUCAGCGGCAGCACGAGGCGGAGCUGGCUCCAGCAGCCAAAGUUACUUGCAGGCCGUUCAUACCCCAACAAUGCGUCGUCGCAAGAGGGUGAUGCGCCCGCAGUUGGAUGCCCAGGUGCCCGUACCAGCGGUUGCUCAACAGCAGCCGCAGAGGAAGUGA